AUGGCGAUGCCGCAGGCCAAGCGAGCCCGCAAUGCAUCACGGCCACGCUCUUCCGCCGCCGCGGCUGCGGAUCCACCACGCAGCAGCGGAUGGUUUUCCGGCCGGCGUGGCCCCUCCGCGUCGCGCCGGGCCGACGACGAUGGCACGCCGCUUCACGAAGAGAUCAUCCUCUUCAUCUUCGCCACCUUCCUUGACAUCGCCGACCUCGUCCGCUGCGCCGCCACGUGCAGGCGCUGGCGCCGCCUGGUCUCCGGUGAUGCCGCCUUCAUCUGCCGCGGCUUGCAACGACCAGGUCCUGGCGGCAAGUUCAUACCACCGCUCGCCGUCGGCUACUUCCGCCAGCAUGAUGCUGACACAAUACACUUUGUCCCCAUGGCUCCUGCGCUGCGGCGGUUCCCUCUCCUCCGGGAGCCAACGUCGCCGUCGGUCAUGCUCGUUGGCGAUGUGCGGUUCGAUACCUCCCGCAUCGUGACCUCAAGGAACGGCCUCAUCGUCAUCGAGCUCCGGCGCGGCAAGCACAGUAGGACCCUCAAGCUCUGCGUCUGCAACCCCAUGACCGGCGAGGUGCGCGCCCUGCCGCCCCUGACCGGCAAGGACGGCGUCGGGUACUACGCGUGCACGGUGCUCACCGCCGACGACUACCAGUACCAGGUCCAGAACAGCGACGCCGGCACGCCGCCGCCAUCCGCCUCCCACUACCGCCUGCUCAUGGUGUACAACCGGCGCGACUUCACCGCGUUCCGGAGCUACUCGUCAGAGGACGGCGGCGGCUGGGGCCCGGAGCGCAAGGUGACCGGCGCCCGGCUCGGCAAGCGGCAUAUGCGCCUGACCCACGGCGGCGUCGUGGCCUGCGGCGGAAGGGCGGCGUACUGGAAAACAAGCGGCGGCGGCGUGUUCGGGCUGCGCCUCGACACGCUGGAGGCGACGAAGGUGAGCCUGCUGGAGGUGGUGGGAGGCGGCGAGGCGCCGGCCUUCAACGUGCUGAACACCUUGCUGGGCAUGGCGCCGGAUGGGAGGCUCUGCGCCGUCCAGCUAAGCUUGCCGUUUCUCCAAACGCAGCAGGGUAAGUCGUCGGUAGAUACAAUUACGAUACGUGUUACCAGCUGCGGCGGCGGCCAUGGCGGCGUCGUCGACAACGGUAUCCUGCAACAGGGCAAUUGCUUGUGGAUGAAGGAGAGCAGCAUCAAGAUAAUGCAUUCCUUUCCUGGUAAUGUGCAUUCGACCAAGGUGAAGCUGCAGUGGUUUUGUGAGAAGAGUGGGCUCGUCUUCUUCACCGCCGGCAAGAACGACGGUGACCAGAGAGGCGACCUGUAUACGCUCAGCCUGAGCACUCGUGUGGUUGAGAAGGUGGCGAGCAACGCCUGGGACGGUAACAUGUGGGACAACCUUUAUGGGUACGAGAUGGAUCAGGCGGCAUACCUGGCAUCCCUUGCUGGGACAGAAAAGGAGGAUUAGUAAUCGAUGCUCCUGUUACUUUGAGUUGCAUUGUAGGGUAUGCUGGUAUCUUUGUUUUUCGUAUCAAGACUGAAUGUAGUUUGUUUUUCGUGUUAAGACUGAAUGUCGUAAGUCUUUGAUUUUCGUAUUAUGAUUGAUGUAGUGUGAUCAGUCCAUGAUUAAAGUAGAUGAACAAAACUCUUUUUGUGUCAUUUGAAUCUGGCAGUCAGAGUCAUGUAAUAUUUUCUGGUUUGAAAUUUGACAGAGUGAAUCAUUUUUUUGUUUGAUAUGAUGUUGAUUUUUAUAUGUGAUGAUGUUGAUGUGAAUGUUUGACUGCAUCUGAACAUUUGAAAACAUCUACUGCUGUUAAUCUUUGAAUUUGA